AAAUAAGAAAUAUUUUGAGGGAACACGAAUACAUUCGCCGCAGAAUGCACAAGCAAUGUACGCUCAUGGUAGGUCACAUGACUUCAAAAUGGCGAAUGCUGAAAUAAAAAUUAAAUAUCUGUCAAGAUGUUUAAAUGUGUGCAAAAGAUUACAUGAAUUUAUACCAUCGUCCGCGAGAUCUUGUCACGAUGACGUCAUUUGUCCAGCGUCAUUCAUCGACGUGCGACGCUUCAAUGUAGCUUUACCGUCAACUGCGCUCAGUAGAGAAUCCUAUGUACAAGGACAACUUAAAAUGAAUAUAACAAGCAUAUCAACGGCAGAGAAUGGUCACACACACGAAAAACAUACCACAAAACCUUCUACACAACUGACUGGGGAAUUUCAAUUACGACAUGCAGACAAACAUAAGCGCUCAAAGACGGUUUUACUGCUGUUUGAUUUUUACAAGGCCUCUGAAAAAGCUAUAGCAAGUUACUGCAGUCUUUAUCAUGGGUACGGAUUUGACGUUUUGUACGUAAAAAGUCAUUUUAAGCACUUUGUAUGGCCAAAAAACUCCCAAACGCUGGCAUCGAAAUUGUUACAGCAUAUUCAAACCGAUGACUUCACAUACGAAAACAUUUUGGUGCAUGCGGCUUCAAUGGGUGCCUAUAACUUCGGUGUGAUUAUGGCGGAAAUGUACGAGAAACCGGAACUUCACGAAAAAGUGAGAAAGAAAAUCAAAGCCGUCGUUUACGACAGCCUUACAAUCGGGUCGCUAGAUAACAUGGCCAAGGGCGUUAGUCAAGGAACCCAGAACGUCGUGCUUCAAAAAAUUUUACCCAUACUGAUGCAUGCCUAUUUCUAUAUUACUUGGUCGCAAACCGUUGCACUGUACGAGCACUACAUCGCCGUGUUCAAGCAAAGACCUCUGGAAGUGCCAACAUUGAUGUUUACGUGUCGCAACGAUCCAAUGUCAGAUUAUCACGCUGUGGAAGAUCUGGUGGAGUUGUGGCAGUCGCAUUAUAAGUUUCCCCUCACCCAUCGGUGUUGGGAGAAAUCGAGGCACGCCGCACAUUUGCGAAUUCAUCGCGAGGAGUAUGUGCGUGAUUUGGAUACCUUCUUGUCCAGUGUUCCUGAUCUUGAUGUAAACAUAAAGCUUAAGGCAAAAAUGUGACGUUUUUAAUAAUAAUGAAAAAAUACGCGCACACAUUUGAAACCGUGUUGAUCACCAUUUCUCGUGUUUCUGAAAAUAUUAGAAAUUUCAUGCGCAAAUGUGAUGAACUGUGAGUACGUUCGUUGAAAACAUUUACGCACGAUUGAUAAAAGGUUUGAACCAGUGUUCUUAAUCUUUCACGAACGUGAAACUUAUAUCUAAAGUGUGAAUAACUUUAUAAAAUGUAAAUAUUAAUGAAUGUGGAAUCUGCUUUAGCACAGGUGGAAGUUUUAAGGAAUAGUUGUUGUUGGUAUUAACAUGGUGAUUUUACGUCCCCAAAACAGGAAUUUGUGUUGGUCAAGAAUGUCAAGUUUCCUCUCUUCCAUCGGUGUUUUUGAGAAAUUGAAGCAUGUGACAUUCUCGAAUUUAUAGCGAAAAAUGUUGGGUGCUGUUAGUUGGACUCUUUCUUGCCAAGUGUCCCUUGCCUGUCUAUGAACGUUAAACCUAAAAAAAAAAUGUGAGGGACUUUUCAAAGUUUGGGAUCUGGGAAAACAUGGCUUAAUGCAUGUGCGUUAAGGAAGUACAACUGUAAUGGGCAAUAUUCCAAAACCCAUUAAAUGUAUUAUUUUCAUUAACUUCAUACCAUAUGUGGUCUUAUUACAAAAUUUUAGGGUGGCUUUCCAUGCCAAAAAAAAUCGUGAUUUUUUUCUGUAUGAUGACCCAUAAUUUGAAUUUUCUUCUAAAUUAAAUUACCCCUGGGGAUAAAUAAAUUCAAUUGACUCAUAUUUUUUAGCAUUUUUUUAACAAUGUUUGUAUAUUUAGUACAGGAUAUGAUUGAAGAUGAUAAAAUAACUUAUUAAUACGAUU